UUGUUUUGGGUUGCUGGUUCUGAGCAUAGUUGUUGUUUGUGUGUUGGUUUUGAAUUUAUUUAAUUGUGUUGUGGAGAGAAGGUGAAUUAGUAGAGUGAGUUUUGUUGGGUGGGGUUUGGUUGGGGGAACUCAAAUGUGAUGGGAAGCAAUGGACUCUGCAAUCUCUUUUCAUGCUUCAAGGCAUCUUCCAAUCAUGGCCAUGGUGGCCAUGGUGGCCAUGGCCAUAACCAUAACCAUAACCAGAGCCAGUUGGUUUUUGCGGAGACAGAGCCAUUGGACGAAACCCUAGGCCACUCUUUCUGCUACGUCAGAUCCUCCGCGCGCUUUCUCUCUCCCUCUCAUUCCGAUCGCAUCCUCUCUCCCUCCAACUCUCUCCGCUUCUCCCCUUCUCAUCGCUCCGAUUUCCCCGAAACCGCAUUCAAGGCCAUUUCCGGAGCCUCGGUCAGCGCCAACAGUUCCGUGCCCAAAACCGUGCUCCAGUCCGAGGAUGACGACACCACCGUCAAUGGCUUCAGAGGAACGGCUUCCUUCAGCGCUCUCCCUCUGCAGCCCGCUCCCAGAGGAGGAGAAACUGCUCCCUCUGAGAGAGAGCGGAAGGCGUUCUUUCUCUCAGGGCCAAUUGAGAGCGGCGCGCUCUCGGGACCCCUCGACGACUCCGUUUCGAGCUCUGCGGGAGUGCCCUUCUCUGCUCCGCUCGGUGGUGGAGUGUAUGUGAAGAAGAAGCGGAAGAAGAGCAUUGCCGGGUUGAGAAAGGCCUUCCAGCGGAGUCUCUCGGAGAAGAAGCGGCCUUGGGUGGUGCCUGUGGGGCGGAAGGGGAAGACGGAAGCGACGAGUGAGACGGAGAACGAGAGCAAUGUGCAGUGGGCGCUGGGAAAAGCGGGGGAGGAUCGUGUGCAUGUCGUUGUAUCGGAAGAACAGGGUUGGUUGUUCGUAGGGAUAUACGACGGUUUCAAUGGCCCUGAUGCGCCAGAGUUUCUCAUGGGUAAUCUUUACCGUGCCCUUCACAAAGAGCUCCAGGGUUUGUUUUGGGAACUUGAAGAACCGCAGUCGCAGGUGCAGGGAACUAACCCUGCACCUGAGCUGGAGGAUAAUGAAGCUGAACCCCGGAAUGAGGUGGAGGUGGAGGAAGACUCUAGUUCUCUCCGAGGAUCGGUUAAGAGAGUGACGUUUCAAGCGGAGGGGACUGAAAGUAGGAGGAGAAGGCUGUGGGAGUUUUUGGCUGAGGAGGAUGAUGCGGAGAACGGGCUCGAUCUUUCCGGGUCUGAUAGGUUUGCGUUUUCGGUUGAUGAUGCGCUCAGUGCUAGCAAGGAGGGUUCGGGAGGUAGUAGACGGUGGUUGAUUUUGUCUAAGUUGAAGCAUGGGUUGUCGAGGCAUAAAGAGGGUCACGGGAGGAGUUUGUUGCCGUGGAGCUUGGGCGUGGGGGAGGAGAAAGAGAAGGUUGAGGUGGAAAAUCCAACGACGGCAGAGGAGGAGGAGGAGGAGAAGGGUCACGGUGGGAGGAAGCGAAAAGUGGGGCCUGUGGAUCAUGAGUUGGUUUUGGGAGCGUUGUCUAGGGCGCUUGAGAUGACUGAGCUUGCUUAUUUGGAUAUGACGGAUAAGCUGAUUGAUACCAAUCCGGAGCUUGCUCUGAUGGGGUCGUGUCUGUUGGCUGUGUUGAUGAGGGAUGAGGAUGUUUAUGUUAUGAACGUGGGGGAUAGCCGCGCCAUUGUGGCACAUUAUGAGUGUGAGGAGGUUCACGCUACUAGUAAGGAAACGGGAAAUGGUGGAGGCAUUGGGUCAAGCGGGGAGUGCAUAGUGGAGGAGUCUUCGGCUCCAGACGAAGGUGGUGUCGUGUUAGGAAAUGAGGGUCCUGCUAGGGAACGGAGGUUGGUUGCAUUGCAGCUGUCCACUGAUCACAGCACCAGCAUUGAAGAGGAAGUUGUUAGAAUUAAGAAUGAGCAUCCUGAUGAUAGCCAUUGUAUUGUGAAUGAUAGAGUGAAAGGCCGUCUUAAGGUUACUAGAGCUUUUGGUGCUGGAUUUUUGAAACAGCCAAAGUGGAAUGAUGUGGUGCUGGAAAUGUUUCGUAACGAAUAUAUUGGCACUGCUCCAUAUAUAUCCUGCUUCCCUUCAUUGCGUCACCAUAGAUUAUGCCCUAGAGAUCAGUUCUUGAUCCUCUCAUCUGAUGGUUUGUAUCAAUACCUAAGCAAUCAAGAAGUGGUUUCUCAGGUCGAGAGCUUUAUGGAAAAGUUUCCGGAUGGAGAUCCUGCCCAGCAUUUAAUAGAAGAGCUGCUCCUACGUGCUGCCAAGAAGGCUGGAAUGGAUUUCCAUGAGUUGCUGGAUAUACCUCAAGGAGAUCGGAGGAAGUAUCAUGAUGAUGUGACUGUAAUGGUGAUAUCACUUGAAGGAAGAAUCUGGAAAUCAUCAGGGAAGUAUCCAUGAGACCUUGCUCAACUCAAAGUCGACCCAUUUUUCGAUGUUCAUUCUGGUCUUGCAACAUAAGUUGUGAAUAGAAGAACCGUACAUUUCAUUGGCAAGAAGCCGCCGGUAUAGCUCUAUUCAGACUUGGUAGAUGCGAAAUGCAAUUAAAAUGAGCUUAGGAAUGGGCAUUGUGGACCGAUUUUGGGAAGUCUCUUUAGGAGAAAGAACCAUGUAAAGCCUUUUAAACUGUUCUCCUUUUUGUUCCGUCAUCGUAGUCAAUUUCUUUUCCCAUCUAUUAUCCAGGUUUAUAGAGAUGAAAAAUGAUAGAAAUUUUUAGUAGCGGAGGCCUUUUCCAUUCUUUCUUUUUUUGCUCCUUUUCUUUCUCUGGUUCGAGCCAAGAGAUGUGGGUGUAUAUUGGUGGGGAUACAAAUGUACUGACUGAGCUUAGAGCAGUCACUAGUAAGAGAAGAAAAUAUGUAAUUGAAGGUGGAUUCCAACCAUUGCAGAUUAACAUGAUUCGGAAUUACAGCCUCAA